AUGGAGGCGCCACCACGAUUGAUUUUAACUCCGAAGCUCUUCCGGUACGAUCCUUCCUCGCACCAGAGUAUCAAGAUGCAACAUUCCGUAUGUCUUGACGAGCAUCUCAUUAUCGACAGCUGGAUUUACCAGCUUUACGCGGUUGAAAUCCACUACGGCUCAUGUGUCGAUAGCGGUCACUAUUACACCAUCUCCAAAGACAAGAAUGACUGGUACCAGUUCAAUGAUGGCUCCGUAUCAAGAACUUCGUCUGAUAAGCUAUCCCGACUAAGAUCCCCCGAAACGCCAUACAUCAUCUUUUAUAGCCUUUCUCCUAUUCCUCCCUCUCAGACUCCAGAUGAUUUUGGAUCUGGACCAUCUUGA